AUGUCUGACCGUGAUCCAGUCCUCCACGGUCCGUACUCUCCACAGUACAUGAUGAACCCUACGGCCAACAACUUCGCUCCAACCCGUCCUCUGCAGAACGGCACGGCCAGCCAGGUGAGCAGCCCUUCCUCAUCAUACCUGGAGGCACGGGUUCUCAAUUUGGAGGAGGGACAUGCAAGCUUGCUCGAGGAUGUCAAUGAUCUUCGAGAACUACACCACGACCUCUCCUCCGUCGACAAGCUAAAGAAAGGUGGUUGGCCAGUACGUGUUGGCCCGUUUCAAGAAGUGGAUGCAAAGACAUCACACCAGGAAGCUGUACAACUCCGGGCAGAGUUGGAAAGCCUCAAAGACGAGGUACACGGAUCUGUGAAUGGCAGCGCUGACGUGCAAAAGGCGAAUAGUAUGGCCUCCUCCAAGAUGAAUGGCAGUACGCCUCCCCAUCUCAGAGCUGCUAGUGUGACCAGUGGCGGUACAGUCAAGAGUUCGCUGCCUCCACAUUUGCGUGGCAAGAAAGCAGAACCCAGCAAUGACGGCAGUACCAAGGAACAGAUCGUGGCCCGCAACCCUCAGAACCAUGCCACUAGCAACGUUCAGACCGAUGUAGCAGUCAAGCAAAUUCCUAUGCCAGCGCCAACUCCACCCGUCUCACCAAAGACGGUUGUUCAGGAUCAAGCAUUGUCCCUCGAACGCAUUUCCUUGAACCGAGCUUGGAAGCCCUACCAUCUUACAACUUUGGACGCCUUCUCAGGUCCAAUUCUUCCAGGUAACACUACCGUCACAUUCCAUCCUGACUUCCUUGCCAAUAUCCUUGGCGGAUCUUCUUGGUCAUCGGGCCUAUGCUUUGUCAAAGGCAAGGGUCCAUGUAUCCUCAAGAACCGCACGUACUACCAGCUAGACCCGCAGAAUGAACCAUACCUUCCCGAGGCGCCUGGAGACCAUGGUGCAAAGCUCACUGCCUUCUUCAAUAAGGCCCCGGAGGAAGAGUUUGCGGAUCUACUUGGUGACGACUCCAACUCAUACGAGAAUGUACCCAUGUUUGUUCUGGUCGACAAGCGUUACAUGUACUAUGGAAACUAUUCCCAGACACGGUGGUCUGAUAAGUUGGACUAUGACACCAUGACAGCUAGGGUACCUCAGCACGUUAAGAACUACUGGGCUGAGGAGCUCACUUCGACAACGCGCGAGGAGUGGGUUACAGAAGAGCUCAAAAAGCAUUUCUUUCGCAAGCCCGAGUACGAAGGCCGUCUUUAUGCUGCCCCAGACCACGAAACCACUAUCGAUUCUCAUACAGAGAUCGAGUUAACCGAGAAGAUGGCUAAAGACGUGCGCAAGUACGUUGAACAACUUCGUGAGUGGGAGCGUGAGGCCAACAUGAAGACCGCCAUGAUCAAAAAGCAGUCUAUUCUCAAGGCUUUCGAUGCGUCUGAUAUGGAUGAGGAGCCUGCACUUCGCCUCUGGUGGGAAUACCUUGAGUGUGUCGACUGGAGGAAGGACUUCUACGACCUCCUUGUUACACUUCAAGGGCGCAACCCUGGAAGCUAUCUACAGUAG